UGCUGGGGGCGCCUGGGGCCGAGUCGCCGCCGGGCAGCCCCUUUCCCGCAGUCCGGGCGCGACCAGCGCGCCGCGCGGCGGGGGAUCCGGCGGGCGCUCCGCACGCUUCAAAGGCCCGGCGCCGCCGCCUUCCCCCCCCCCGCGCGCGCGAGUGGUACGGCCCGAGGGGCGGCUCCCGGGCGCGGCCCCCGCGGCAGCGCGGCGCUCCCGGCCGGCCCGGAGGCGGGAGCCCCACGCCGCGAGCCGCCGAGGCCCAGACGCCGGGCGCCGCGGCCGGUCCCUGCCGAGGCCCCCGCAGAGCAUCUCCCCGGCGGGAGUCGCCCGGCGCGGGGACGGUGCGGCCGCACCGUGUAGGGCGGAGGACGAGGAGGAAGCGGCGCCGCUGGCCCGCCUGGCGGCCGAGAGGAAGCGCUCCACCCGGGCCCCCCGACGGCGCUCGUUCAACCACAUCCGCGCCUCCGCUGGGGACGCGUACAGGCGCCUGUCACCGGUCCCUCCAUCUUGAAAGGGAAAAAGGCUCUGCGCUUCCCCUCGUCGUAGGAGCUGGAGCUGGAGGAGCCGCGCUCAUGGCGUUCAGCCCGUGGCAGAUCCUGUCCCCCGUGCAGUGGGCGAGGUGGACCUGGUCCGCGGUGCGCGGCGGGGGCGCCGGGGAGGACGAGGCCGGAGGGCCCGAGGGCGACCCCGAGGAGGAGGACUCGCAAGCUGAGACCAAAUCCCUGAGUUUCAGCUCGGAUUCUGAAGGUAAUUUUGAGACCCCUGAAGCUGAAACGCCCAUCAGAUCACUCCUCAAGGAAUCCUGUGAUUCAUCGCUAGCACUGGCAGGACCUGGGGCCAAAACCCAAGAAUCAGAGGAAGUUGAUGAACAGCUGGUAGCAGAAGUGGUUGAAAAAUGUCCGUCCGAGACUCGUUCUAGACCUCCAGAAAAUGAAGCAUCUCAGAAGGCUAUUGAUGCUCACCCAGUCAAGGAGUUCAGGGAAGAAACCGAGUAUGAUACUAGCAAAAUUUCAGUAGUGAGGCCCUUUUCAGUAGAAACCAAGAAUUCCACGGAUAUCCCGGCAGAUCGUGGAAGCAAAGCCGCCCAUGGCCGCGUGACUGCGGUCGCCGGCGAGGCUCUGCCCGGCGAGGCUCUGCCCUCCGGCGCCGCAGGGUCCGCCCGGGACAAGGCGAUGACCGAAGGCGCCACGGGGGCUGCGCUGGAAGCGUCCCCAGAGGCGGAGCCGAAGCCCGGGGGCGCCUGUCCUGAGCCUGCGCCCGGCAGGAGCAAGCUGAGAAGGCCCAGGCCCGUCUCGCUGCGGAAGAGGACAUUUGGCGACUUCCCAGAAGGGGAGGCACCGCCGGCGGGCACACCUCUGACGCAGGCCCCGCGUCCGCUCGCGCCUGGUGCGGUGGGUGGGGGCACAGCGCCCCCCUCACCGGGAGGGCGCGGGACCCAGGAACCUGCCCCCGGCGGAGAGGGAAUGCCCAGGGCGCCCGGCUACGACGCCGGCGGCCCCGGGGCCGAGCUGCUGGAGGAGGCCCGGGGCUCUCCUCUGCAGCUGGAGUUUGAUUUCACAGAAGACGUGGAAAAUGCAGAUCCCAGGAAAGACCUUCCAAGGAAACUGGGCAGGAAACUGGGUAGCCGACCGACUCCCAAGGCACAGAAAGAGGGCGUCAUUGAGCCGGGAGACUCCAGGGCUGCGGAGCAGCCUCCAGAGCCGGCCCCUGGCCAGGGCCCUGUCGCCCAAGUAUCUUCUCAGCUGGGUCCCAGCCAGAGGGAGGACCCCACCUUCAGCCCCCUCGGGGGCCACCCCACUCUGCAGAACCCCCCUCCCCUCUCCUCCAAGGGCCCCUACCACUUUGACGGAUCCCUGGCUCCCUUUAAACCAACCACAACGUUAACAAGCGGUGACUUCUGUUCCCCUGUUGGUAGUCACGUUAAUGAGAUCUUAGAAUCACCCAAGAAGGCCAAGUCGCGUUUAAUAACGACUACUGAACAAGUGAAAUUUCUCUGUUUUCUGUUGAGUGGCUGUAAGGUGAAGAAAUAUGAAACAGAGUCUCUUGCUUUGGAUGGGUGUUCUCAGGAUGAUGGAGCAGUGAUCUCCCAGAUUUCAGACCUUUCUAAUAGGGAUGGCCAUGCUACUGAUGAGGAGAAACUGGCGUCCACUUCAUCUGGUCAGAAAUCAGCUGGGGCCGAGGUGAAAGGUGAGCCAGAAGAAGACCUGGAGUACUUUGAAUGUUCCAAUGUUCCUGUGUCUACCAUAAAUCAUGCGUUUUCAUCCUCAGAUGCAGGCAUAGAGAAGGAGACGUUCCAGAAGAUGGAUACAGAUGGAUCCACCAGGCCAGGCCUGACGGAGUCUCCUCUGGAGAAGGCCCCAGGGUCCGUGGCCUGUGGAGGUGAGAGCUCCCUGGAUGGCAUCUGCCUCAGUGAGUCAGAUAAGACAGCCGUGCUCACCCUGAUAAGAGAAGAGAUAAUCACUAAAGAGAUUGAAGCAAAUGAAUGGAAGAAAAAAUAUGAAGAAACCCGACAGGAAGUCUUGGAGAUGAGGAAAAUUGUGGCUGAAUAUGAAAAGACCAUUGCCCAAAUGAUCGAAGAUGAACAGAGGACAAGUAUGACCUCUCAGAAAAGCUUCCAGCAGCUGACCAUGGAGAAGGAGCAGGCCCUGGCCGACCUUAAUUCUGUGGAAAGGUCCCUCUCUGAUCUCUUCAGGAGAUACGAGAACCUGAAAGGCGUUCUGGAAGGGUUCAAGAAGAAUGAAGAAGCUUUGAAAAAAUGUGCUCAGGAUUACUUAGCCAGAGUUAAACAAGAGGAACAGCGAUAUCAGGCCCUGAAAAUCCAUGCGGAGGAAAAACUAGACAAAGCCAAUGAGGAGAUUGCUCAGGUUCGAACAAAAGCAAAGGCUGAGAGUGCAGCCCUCCACGCUGGACUCCGGAAAGAGCAGAUGAGGGUGGAGUCCCUGGAACGCGCCCUGCAGCAGAAGAACCAAGAAAUUGAAGAACUGACAAAAAUCUGUGACGAGCUGAUUGCCAAGCUGGGAAAGACCGACUGAGUUCCCCACGUGCGCUCAGCAGAUCUGCGUUUGGCUGCUUCUCUUGUGACCAUAGUUAUCUUGCCUUAUCCAGGAGUAAUUGCCCCUUUGCAGAGAAAAAAAGAAAAACUUAAAAAAGCACACGCCUACUGCUGCCUGUCCGCUUUGCUGCCGUCGACGGCCAGGAGGAGCCCUGGAGUGCGGCACGGUGGGGGAAGUGGCAUCCGAGAGGCCCGGCCCUUGCCCAGCCCCGUGCGAGCUGGGUUUGUGAUCCCUCCAUCUAUAGUUUGUUUUAAUGUUAUCUUUACUUUUCUAAAUGUGUGAAAUUUGUGAUUUUGUGGCUCCUAUUUGGAAUCAUUUGCCUACCACCAGUCUUAAUUUUUUUUUUUUUUGGUGACCUAUUUAUUUCACCUUAAUUUUCAGGAUUAGAGGUUUUACUUGAGAUAAUUUGGCUUACUGUUAUUUGCAGUUUAUGAACAAGAAGGGAUUCUGAGUAACUAUUUACACACACACACACAUUUACAUAUGCUGCUGGUUUUUCCCUGAAGCAUAGUGGAAUAAGAACUCUACAGAUGAGCAUAUUUCUGUAAAUGUAAGACCUCCUUUUGAAAUAGAGGCCUGGCUCUUUGUGCCAGCUUCAAAAUUCAGGGGAUGGAAGAUGCAACGAUGCCAGGUCUCACCUCGCGUCCUGUCGGCCUGCUGUUUGCACCCUCCUCGGCCUCCUCCUCCCUCAGACCUGGGGUCUGGUGAGUCUGCCCUAGAGCCAUUUGGUCUCCUCUGCUUCCAUUUGUUGCUACAAAAUCAAUAUUUACUUUUUAUUAUCUUUUGUUUUUAUUUGAAAUACACAAAGAAAGUCUGCUUGUAAAAGGUUUAGAUUGUCUUAAUCAAAAGGUAACCGUAACCCAGUAGCAAUUAUAAAGUGAAGAAACGUUUUUUUUUUUUACAAAUGUGAUGCAUUGUUCUGCAGAUUUUUUUUAAAGGCAAAAAAUCCUUUUAAAGUUAAGAUAGUAGAAUUUUUAACAAAAUGGGCAGUAAAAGAUCAUGUGAGCCACUCCAAAAGUCAGCACAUUUUGAAUAUUUUUAAACAGAGACCAUUUGAGUCCUGGAGGAGGGGUGCACAGGGGGCAAUUCAUGUGCACAGAACCAAAUCCCUCAGCUCUUCCUGGACUCAAUUCAGCAUGGUGGGGCCACUAGCCCCACAGGGGAAGUUUUCCUUGAAAUGCCAGUGAGUUCCUUCCCACUCUAUAGGCCAAACCAAAUCCACGUAAGGGUUUUAAGCACUCCUCUGUCUUAAUCGUGCACCUGAAAGUCUUCACGGUGGUUUGCACUAUAUUCAGUGCAUGUGAAGUUUUCGUACUUUCCUUAUAAAACUCUUGCAUGAUCCAACUUCAGCAAUGAAUUGUGCCUAGUGGAGAACUUCUAUAGAUCUUUAAAAAUGAAUUUUUCUUUAUCAGUGUACUAUUCACAGGGGUGCAAUCUUCAGCCCCAGGGAGGUCAAUGAUGUCUUUUAAAGCCAGAAGUCACGUUUUACCAAUAUGCAUUUAUCAUAAUUGGUGCUUAGGCUGUAUUUUAAGGCCUAUUGUCUUAACAUUUUGUAAAAAAAGAACAACAGGAAUGCUCUGUGGUUGGAGAAGUGACUUGACAAUCAUUUGGGCUUUGGAAGUGGUCACUGAGGCCUGCUCACUGUGAGGGCUGUGCCCUGGUCUCACUGUGUCCGUGGAGUACUGGUGUCUCCAGGUGGUACCUGGGUCCCUUCCAGAUCCAGUCUUCUGCUACUGGGGAUGUUAAAUUUGCAUUUACAGAAAAAUAUUGCUAAACCUUUUUGCUGCUGGGCUGUGGUGACAUCUAUGUUUAUUUGUUUUAUAUUGAUCUGUUUGACGCAUGAAAGCUUAUAGUGGUCUCCAUUAUAAAUCCGUAGCCCUCUCUUGAGGCUCCUCAUGUAUUAAAAGCAGCUCUGUGUUAAAACUGAGGUGACGACAAUCCUUCCCUAGCACACUGGUAGAAGAGACCCCUGAAAAACUGGACGCUGCUGAAUGCAGUUUCCAAUGAGGAAUGCAGACUGGCCUGUGUGAAGGAACGUCCGUUCGCCCCGGGCCUCCCAGCCUUAACUGUCACAGGGAAACGUGCUUUCUUCUAAUUUAAUGAUGGAUAUUCUCAACAAAAAUAAAAAUGCAGCUUUUACAAGCUGGCCAAUCAAGAGAAUAUGCUGGGUGAAAUGAAGAAUGUUUAUUUUUCUUUAAAAAUAAGUCCCCCAAAAUCUUUUAAAGAUCUAGAGAGUAAGAAUAUAGCUUUGCUUCACAGCACAUGAAGGCUGGGUUGCUUGUUUGUUAGGCAAUAAUAAACCCGGUCAGAGAAAGUGAAGAGGGGGAUGAAGUGAGGCUGCAGCCCGGGUGGUGGUUUGGGAACCUGGGGUGAUCGUGUAGAGACUCUGGGUUCAGGGCCAUGGCUUCAGGUUUUCACUUCACCAAACUGUAGAUAGAUGGUCUACCUAAAAGCAUUUUAAUUGGAGAAUUUAAUGUAGGACAGGCUGAACAUUUUGUCACUCAGUUGGCUGGUCAGUUACAGUCAGACCUCCCAAGAUUUACUGUAUUUGGAGAAGCUCCUGGAAGCCAGUGACUCGCCCAAACCUUUUGUUCUGUAAAACUGUUCUGGAAAUCCUGAGAAGCCUGGUUUUCUCACAUGGUCUUAGCUUCUUCAGACCAGCCCAAAUUAGGAAGUGCAGAAGCACAUGAUGGUGAGAAGCUCUGAGGACCUGGCCACCUUCCAGAACAAUAGGGAAUCUAAGGGGAAGUUUGCGCUUCGUGUCGGAAGACAGCCCACAUUGGAUUUUCUUUCCAGCCAGUUCCCCUUUCUACCUGCCCCACACCUUGUGCAGUGCCCAUGCCAGUGCUCCGGUGUUUAUUGGACAGCCCUUCAUGAAGGGGCACUGUUCAUAAAUGGGGAGCACACGCUGCCCCAGGUAUUCCUGGGCUGACUAACAGCAGCCAGAAUGGAGCACUCAUUUUAAAUAAAGGUGACAGAGGGCCUGGUGGUGGCUCUAAAGCUCAAAGUGGAGUUUGUAAAGAGCAGGCACUGCAAAGUCUUAUGUACACUAGUUAGAAUGAUUCAGCACAUCCUUUUUUUAGUAGCAUUGAAGCUGGAAAGCUCCCUUUUUAUUUCCUUUUGGGUUUUCCCUAUAGUUGGUAGGCGUCUCGUGAAUUGCACACGACCGCUGUCUCUUUUCUGUAGUUUUGUGACCUCAUGAGCUCACUCUUGCACUCGGGUUUCCUGCUACUUGUUGGGAAGAGAGAAACUAGGUGUUGAAAGAUUAAAUGAUUUAGGCAGAGGAGUUUAAAGUAAAGAUGUAUAUACUCUGAAGAAUUUAAAAGAUAGCAGAUUAUUAUGUGCUUAUUAAAGAACAAAUACAGUCUGGGAAUCCCAGAAUAUCAAGCCAAAGGUCUAAGAAGUCACCUUUUUCAAAGAUUUUAAUAAAGAGGUAUUGUGUGGAGACUUCUGUCCAAAAGGGUUUAACUGGCCUCUGGAUCCUGGUUAUUUUAAAAAAGCAGUUUCUCUCUCAAACCGUGAAUCUCCCAUAGAGUAAAGGUGAUAGGAGUGACAGACGAGACCCUCCUUUCUAAGGCUGUCCUCUGGAAGCUGAUGUAAACGGCAGCAUUUCCAGUGAAGACCGGCCCGCCAGUGCCAGAGCUGGCAUUCUGGAGACUAAAGAUUGCACUUUUUGUAGUUCUUUGUCCAAAUGCAACCCCAUUUCUGUGCCUCUCACUGUCAGCAUGCAGUUAGAUUUGGACAAACAUGAUUCCUAAGGAAUGACUUUCUUAACUGCAGUAUGGUUACCGCUGUUCCAUAUAUAUACAUAUUCUGGUUAUAAUUCUAAUACAGAGAUGUCGGCGUGCAACGCUGGCCCGUGGCAGUCCAUUAAACGCUUUAACUCAUUUGGAGGGGGAUUGGCGUGGAGCUGAGGUGUGGCUUGGACCUUCCCUGUAUUGAUCCCUCAUUUUAGAACUGUGAGGAUGCCACGUGCCUCCCCUCUGCCUUUUAGUGGCGUCUCACAUAUACUCCAAAGUACUUCCUGGUCACGCUGGGCACUGACAGCCUGUAUUUAGGCACCAUUUUCAUGUGGACAUAUGAAAACCUGAACUCUGACCCCUGCUCCCGGCAGUGCAGACAGGACGGUCCUUCAGUCGCCACACCCACAGCCCCAGCCUUGUCCUCACAUGGUGGGACAGGAUCCAGGCAUUCCUUUUAAAUCUCAGAGGUAGCAGUAAACUUCUCAGUGUUGCUGUUAGCAAGUGUAUGUUUGCCAAUAGAUACCAUUUGUACUGACGUGCCAAUAAGUUAAACGUUCCUUGCACAUCUGCCUCCACUGUCCCCACGGGCGCCAUGAAGUGUGUGAGGAGCCUCCCAUCAGGAGGACUGAAGGCUGCAUUGACUACUGUCAGGAUUGUGUUACGUGGAAAAUCAUCUACAUAAAUUUUAUAUGCACAGUAAUUGCCCUUUUAUAUGUCAAGUAAAUAUUUGUAAGAGUUAUACUCACACAAAUGAAAUUAUUAUAAUGAUUACUAAUAUAUUUUUUCCAUGUUUCAUUGCCUGAAUAAAAAACUGUUUACUGCUCUUA